CUUUAAGUAUAAAAAAAGACCGAGGGCAGAAUAGUCAUGGAAAUAACUUUCAAAUUGGCUCCGCUCCACAGUCCCCAAUUUCAAAAACAAAACCCCUCUAUUUGACCGUUAGAUUCAGAUCCUCCAUUCCUUUAAUUUCAAAAUUGUCAGCCAUUUUUGCUUUCUUCCACUCUCUCUCCUCACUCAGAAACCCUAAUUACGCCAUUACUGAUGUUCAAGAUUCCCUUCUUCUCCGAGACACCGAGUUCAGUGAAGACUCGGACUGGGUUUCAUGACCCGCCCGAGUCAGCUCGGGCUACUCCGAGCAUCGCCAAAUCUAUGUCUCGCGAUAACUUGUUGCAGUCUUCAACAGUUCGAAAUUUCAAUGAUAGAGAAGAAUUUCUCGAUUCUGCUAACAAUGCGUUAGUUGUUCGUAGUUUUGAUUUGCCCGAAGAUCCUUCUUUCUGGAAAGAUCACAAUGUUCAGGUUAUUAUUAGACUUCGCCCACUCAACAAUUCUGAGAUAUCACUGCAAGGCCAAAAUAGGUGUGUUAGGCAAGAAAGUUCUCAAAGUAUUACAUGGACCGGACAUCCUGAAUCACGAUUCACUUUCGAUGUUGUUGCUGAUGAAAAUGUUACACAGGAAAAGCUUUUUAAAGUGGCUGGGGUGCCUAUGGUUGAAAACUGUGUGGCAGGGUACAAUAGCUGCAUGUUUGCUUAUGGACAAACUGGAAGUGGGAAAACACACACAAUGUUGGGAGAUAUUGAAGGUGGCACUCGACGACAUAGCAUUGAUUGUGGAAUGACACCUAGAGUGUUUGAGCAUCUCUUUUCCAGGAUCCAAAAGGAAAAAGAGGCUCGGAGAGAAGAAAAGUACCGUUUUACUUGUAAAUGCUCAUUCUUGGAGAUCUACAAUGAACAAAUCCUUGAUCUUUUAAACCCUUCCUCAACGAACUUACAGAUAAGAGAAGACUUGAAGAAAGGCAUUCAUGUUGAAAAUCUAACUGAGUUAGAGGUCACUAGUGCUCGAGAUGUUAUGCAACAGCUUCUUCAGGGUGCUGCAAACAGAAAGGUGGCUGCCACUAACAUGAAUAGAGCAAGUAGUCGUUCUCACAGUGUAUUCACCUGUGUUAUUGAGAGUACUUGGGAAUCCCAAGGUGUAACACAUCAUCGCUUCGCUCGACUAAAUCUUGUAGAUUUAGCUGGCUCUGAAAGGCAAAAGAGUUCUGGUGCAGAAGGUGACCGUCUUAAAGAAGCCACAAAUAUCAAUAAGUCACUGUCAACUUUAGGACUCGUGAUAAUGAACCUCGUGAGCAUAUCCAAUGGAAAAUCCCAUCACGUGCCAUAUCGAGAUUCAAAAUUAACCUUUUUGCUUCAGGACUCACUUGGAGGGAAUGCGAAAACCACUAUAAUUGCUAAUAUUAGUCCAUCCAGCUGCUGCUCACUGGAGACUCUUAGCACCCUGAAGUUUGCUCAGCGUGCUAAAUUUAUAAAGAACAAUGCCAUUGUAAACGAAGAUGCUUCUGGUGAUGUCCUUGCCAUGAGAAUGCAAAUUCAGCAAUUGAAGAAAGAAGUGUCACAUCUGCGUAGUUUACAAAAUGGAGGAGCUGGAAAUCAGGAUAAUGAUGCCAUGACAUUGGGUUUUCUAGGAUCACCUGGGGCUUUUAAGUGGGAAGGUCUUAAUGGUUCUGUGACUCCCCUAACCUCUAAUAAAAGACUGUCCCAGAAGAAAGAAAUUGAGGUUGCUCUUGUUGGGGCAUUUAGGAGGGAAAAGGAUAAAGACAUGGCAUUGCAAGCACUCACUGCUGAAAACCAGGCAGCUAUGCAGCUGGCAAAACAAAGACAAGAUGAAAUACAAGGCCUGAAAAUGAGGCUCAGGUUCAGAGAAGCAGGGAUAAAGAGAUUAGAAGCUGUUGCCUCUGGUAAGAUCUCUGCAGAGACCCACUUGCUAAAGGAAAAAGAGGAACACUUGAAAGAGAUUGAGGUCUUGCGUGCUCAAGUUAAUAAGAAUCAGGAGGUGACAAGAUUUGCGAUGGAAAAUCUGCGUUUGAAAGAAGAAAUUAGAAGAUUACAGUCUUUCUGCGAGGAAGGUGAAAGAGAAAGAAUGAUCGAACAGAUAAAUACCUUGCAGAACAAGUUACUUGAAGCACUUGAUUGGAAGCUUAUGCAUGAAUCAGAACCAUCCAAUGCUCAGCAGAAAAGGAGUCCUUGUUUGCUGACAGACAGUCCAAGCGAUUUGGACCAGCUCAACUUUAACAAGGAAUCUGCAUCACCUUGGCAAUCAUCAAUCAAAGAGGAAAACGAAUUUCUGCGAGUGCAGGCCAUUCAAAACCAGGCAGAAAUAGAUUCUCUUCGUAAGAAACUCAACUCCUUUGUGGAGGCGAAGGAAAAAUUGGAAAGGCACAUCAAGGAUUUGGAGGCAGAGUUACAGGAAGUUAGAUCUUCCAUAAACACAAAAGAAGAAAGCCACCAAAUGCAAGCUGAUGCUACCUCGACUACAACAAAUGACAUGAACAACAAUGACCAGCAGGAGCUCAAAGCCAUGGUAGAUGUCAUUGCAGCGGCAAGUCAAAGAGAAGCUGAAGCACAUGAAAUGGCAAUCAUACUAGCUAAGGAAAAUGAUGAACUACGAGCUAAGAUCAAGGUUCUACUCGAGGACAAUAGUAAGUUGAUAGAUUUGUAUGAAAGGGCAGCUGCAGAGACCAGUGAAGUCAAUAAUGUAGAUGCUCAAGGUAACGCCGAUGAAGGCCAAAAUACUGGAUCUGGUGCUAUUUCUCAGAUAAAAGACGCCGAAAUAAAAAGGUUGGAGGAUUUAGAGCAUCAACUUGCAGAAAUGCACGAUGAAAAUGAGAAACUGAUGAGUUUAUAUGAGAAAGCAAUGCAAGAGAAAGAUGAUAUUAAAAGAUUGCUUUCAUCUGCUGUGCACAACAAUACUGCAGAGAGAGGAGAAUUCGAGUUCCCAGAGAAGCUUGUUGAGGUUGAUGGAGGAAAGUAUUUGGAGUCUUCUGAAUGUUUUGCUGAAAGCAGCAGUGGCAUGAAAGAGCAGCAAAUUCUGUCUGCUGACACAGUGGUCUUAGAGGAAACUGACACGUCUAAAUGGAAUGUGCAGAAUACAUGUGGCCAGUGUCCACCCACUCCUUUCACAACUGAAAUUCAGAUGGAUGUGGGGUUAGAUGAAAUCCAGAAUAUUCAUGAACAGCGUCCUAUCAUGGAGGAAAAUUCUUUUGGAACAUGUGUUCAGGGCCAGUAUGAGACUGGUGAGAGUAAUGUCUUGAAAAUCCCUCCUAUGUGCAUCACAAGUAUGGUAUCCAAGGAAAAGUGCUCUUUUGAGUUUAGUAGUGAGGAUACUUAUAUCCAAUGUCCUGGUGAUUCUCAGGAUGAUCUAGAUACUAGGGUGCAUUUCAGAACUUAUUCUGAGACCGUAACAGAGGAGGAACUUGUCCUUGUAAAGAAGGAGCUGGAGAAGGCCCGAGAAAGGCUUUCAAGUUCGGCCCACACUGUCAGUGAAUUUGAAACCAUUGAGAAAGCAGUACUUCUAGUUGAUGCAGUCUCUAGGGAGAUUGAUGCGUUAAAGGGUCUCUUGCAGUUCAAGCAACAGGAGAUUGGAUCCCUAAAACCUCUCUCAUCAGAGAUGCAGGAUAGAAGUGCCCUUGUAUUUAAAAAGCUUGCAGCACUUAAAGUUUCUAUAUCAAGUAUUUCGUCAUCUGUUGCUUACUUCGAACAAAGAGAAGAUAGAGCAAAGGCAAGGGUGGAUGCCUCAAUGUCAUCCUUGGGACAACAAAAGGAAAAUCUAGUCUGUCUUCAGGUUCAAAGCGAUGAAAUCAAUGCAAAAAGAAGAGAGAUCCAAGAAACUGAAGUGGAACUGAGGAACAACUUGUGGCGCCUCAAAUCUAAACUUGAGGAGGAAAACCAAAAACAAGAAAGUCAAAGAGUUCUCCUUGCCAUUGAUAACAUUGAGAGAACCGAAGCUCCAGCUCUGAUCUGCAGCAAGGCAACUGAUUUGCUCAAAUCUGAGGAAGAAAAAACCAAAUUGCAAAACGAGAUCAAGCAAACCCAGGAAAAACUUGGUGUCAUCAAGAAGCAGGUUGAUGAUUUGAACAGGAAGGGCCAAAAGCUGGAUAGUGAAAUCCAAGUUAAAAAUGUAGAGAUGCAAAAGACUACAAAAUUGUUGCAGGAAAGGGGACUUGCCCUUCAAAAUGUCACUAAUGAAAAGGCGAUGCUUUUGGAGAUGAAAGAGAAUGGGAAGCCUGAGAUUGAUGAGAUGAUAGUUGAAUAUCAGCAGUGUAGCUUUGAAGAGCAUUUCAGAGAAGAAGAGCUGAUGAUACUUGAAGAAGAUAUGUACAUGUUGUCAUUAAAAUUAGCUAUAUUUGAGAGCGAAAGAGAAGUUGCGGUUAAGAGAGCAACCCAACUCUUGUACAGAGAGCAACACCAAACAGGCCUUCCGUCAGAAAGAAUGCGACAAGAACUUGAAGAUGUUCAGAAAUCAAUUCUAGAAGCUAAUACAUUACUCUUAGCCGAAAAGCCAGCUGACUGUCAAGUGGUUUUGUCAGCCAGUUCCCAUAGGAAUUCAUGACCUUCAAAAUACUGAAGCAGCUUAAAUUUUGCUUUACCAAGCUCGCUGUAUGUACUAUGUUAAAAGUCCAAGAUUCAUGUUGUACUGAAACUCGCAAUUCAAAAAGUAAAUGACGAAUUCAGUGAUUAAUUCAUCAUUCAAAUCUUCAAUAGUUGGCAUAAUUAAUAAUUCAUGCUUUACAAUUCACAUACUAAU